AUGGGAAUCGAACUGGAUGUGCAGGGACUUGACGAUCACAGGAAUUUUAGUCCUGGAGACGCCGUGGCCGGAUCGGUCUUGCUGAAGUUGGACUGUUCGACUGUUAUUUCAGCAAUCGCUGCUCGCCUUGAAGGCUGGGUGAGCACGUCGCUCGUCGAAAAGGGCUCGCCAUUCGUUCUGGGGAAUGAUGUGCCCACGGUGGCGGAGGAGAGCCACCAGCUCUUUGCUAUUUCUGAAAUCGUUUUCCCUCCACCGGACAUACCUCAGCUCUCUCGAGAAUAUACGCUCCCGAAGGCUGAAUACAGGUUUCCAUUCAAGAUCACCUUUCCCCGGGCGCUCAACUCUUCGGGCCUCCAACUUCCCCCGUCGUUCAACGCUCACUCAGUAAAGCACCGAGCAACAGCGGAAAUCAAAUAUGCCUUGACGAUAGAGCUUACCCGUCCUGGCCGCUUGCGAAAAUGCAUCUCAAUCCAACGCCAACUCCAAUUUCGCCCGUCUGAACCCGAUUCCUCCUUGCUGCCUUCAAUGAGGCCUGUAUCUCAGAUCGGACAAGCCGCACUUUAUAUCGACUCGUCGGCAAAUCAUGUUGCAGAUCCUGGAAUCCCCGUCUUGAUAUUAGAGGGGGUAUUACCAUGCCCACCCGUCGUUCGCCCGGGUAUGAAGUUGCCGUUAUCAUUGCGCAUCCGUCAUCUUCCUGUCCAUUUGGAACAUAGCAUCCCGAUCAAAAUGCGGAGUCUGAUACUGACUCUCCGAGGAACGACCACCAUCACCGCUGGAACGCAUCAUGCCUCUUGGGUGUGUUCAGAAAAACUCCUUAGCCUUGACGCAAUGAAUCAAGACUGCAGCUGUAUUCCCGGCGUAGAGAGCUUCACUGGGAUAGAUGCUGGGUUGCUCGACAAUCUUGUCGUUCCAAGCGGCGCAUCAAGCUUUCGUUGCAGUAUAGUGGAACAGAAAUACUCACUCGGGGUGGAGGCUGGGUUUGCUGUAGGCGUCGCGAGCAAGUUGAGAGCCAUCGGUUUUGUCAUCAAUCUGGAGAUCUGGUCUGGCAUUUGUACCGAUGUAGGCGAAGAUCCUCUUGUUCUUGUUGAUGGCAGGUCUCGGAUUCCGGAGUUGUUUGAUGGGUUUGUAGAAGGCGCUGGAGCGGAGACCUUGCCAUGUUACUCGUCUGGCCUGUCAUUCAGCUGA